AUGUCUCCAACCCCUUCUACUACCACGCCAACAUGGCAUCAUUUCGAAAGGAAGGUCGAGGAUGUGAAGCCAUCAAAGACUGAUAUCAAUUUUCUUGUUAUGGAUUAUCUUGUCGCGAAUGGCUACCCAUCUGCUGCACAGAAAUUUGCUAUAGAAGCUAAUAUCCAACCCAAGCCCGAUGUGGAGUCGAUCCAAGAACGGGUGGAUAUUCGAAAUGCUAUUCAUUCGGGAGAUAUUCAGUCUGCUAUCGAGAAAUUAAACGAGUUGAACCCUCAGAUUUUAGACAAUAAUCCUUCUCUUCACUUUGCUCUUCUGCGAUUGCAGCUAGUUGAGUUGAUACGGACCAGUACAUCCACUCCAAACGGAGACAUUACUCCUGCUCUAGACUUUGCGACGUCCCAUCUCGCUCCUCGAGCACCCACUAAUCCACAGUUCCUCGAGGACCUUGAAAGGACACUAUCACUCCUUAUAUUCCCAUCUGAUAAUCUUGCCCCUUCGUUAGCUGCGCUGCUGGACCCGGAGCUCAGGAAAAGCAUUGCGAAUCGCGUAAAUGAAGCCAUUUUACAAAGUCAAGGCGCACGGCGUGAGGCUCGCCUACGUAACCUUGUCAAACUCCGAUCCUGGGCAGAACAGAAGGCGCGCGAGGCGAAGAAAGACUUGCCUGAAAAAAUAGACAUUGGCCUCGAGCAAGACAGGAACAGCAAUAAUAACAGUAACCAAAACGAAGCCCAAAAUGGAGGCACUGAUGAUGCUAUUAUGCAUGAACAUGAGGAGGUAGAUCCAAUGAUAUCUUAGUUCAGCAAAUACCACGCUAACGCUAGCUCGGAACUGUAUUCACUUUUCGAGCAAUGAAAAUGCAUCCGCUGCGACUUACCUUCUAUGUCUCCUUAUAUUUUUUCUUUCGGAUUUGUAUCUGUACUUUAGCGCGGCGUUUGGAGUCUUUUAUGAUUCAUGGUUCCAAAGGACUGAUUCGCCCUGAAAGAGCUAACCGUACUGAAAUUCCAUUGGAGUUCGAAUUAUUAUAUCCUAGAAUGUGAGCGCAUCCGGCAUCGCUCAAUGGGCCGAUUAGGGAUGGCUGUGGAAUUGUGUUUCGUCCCUUUCACACCUUUACACUCGACUUGCCAAUGAGAUAUUUGUACUUAUCUAUCGCACUAUUUCGAUUUUUGGGCAA